UAUAAUUCUCCUUUCUCUCACUCACUACUCUACUAUCUCACUCUGUCAUCUAUCUCAUCUGCUCAACAUCUCUUGACAAACCUUCAGUUGUCACACCGAAUCCCUAUAUCAUCACUCAAUAACUAUUCACUCCAAAAACCACUCGUGAAACCCUUCGAGAUGUCAAUGCACUUUGCUCCUCAAUGGAUUAAACCCAUCAAGCCAGCAGGACAUACUACAACCCCAACAACAGACAUCCCACCUCUUUCUGUAAAAUCUACAAUCAUUCAACACUCCGCUCCGGCAACUUCGGCACCUCUUCCAAACGUACCUUUCCCAGCACUUUCUUCUCAAACUCAAAACAAUCGUUCUAUUUCCCCUACCACCCGUGGAAACGGUCCUGCUAGUGCACCAAACCCUCAACCUUUGUCUUAUUCUAGAGUCAUCCAUACUCCUCUUUCACCUGCAAUUCCUGGAGAUGGAUAUUUUCCUAUGGAUGGGAUGAACGGAGAUGGGAAUCCUCAUCCUUUCCGUUAUACUCCUCAACAGAUUUUAGGUUUGUGGGAGGAAGAAAAGGUCAAAGAAGUGCCUAUUGAGUUAGUCGAGAUGUUGGAGAAUGGUGGGACUUUGGUCAGUCAGAAUGUUGUUCGACCAGUAGGUUUGAGGGAAAUGACGGAGGAAGAGAAAAAGCUUCUCGCGACAUCUGUGCAUCCCUCCGCUCCUACUCGCCGAGGUUUACCCGUCGCGUCGGUCGACUCCCCAACACCAAACGUGGUGCCACGCCGACAGCCUCUUCAACCGGGAAAAGAAACGGCUGCCGCUCGUGGGGCGUUCGGAGGGACUUUUGGGGCUUUCGGAAAGAGUGAAGGAGGUGCAUUGGGAAAAUCAAGUGGGGUGUUGAGUCCUACUGCUCCUGACGGGAGACCAUCCGUUGGUUUCGGUAGUGUUGGUAAACGACCUGUGAGGGGUAAGACGGAUAGUUCGGAGGGGGCUACAAUCGGUGAUACUGUUCGACCUGCAACAUCAGCUUGGAGGCCCUCCCGUGCGACCACCGGAUCUGGAAAUUUUGAAGGGGUUCUUGGUUUCGGAUCGGCUCCUACUUUGUCGACCUCUGGCGAAGUGAUUUCAGAAGAAGCUGAUAUAUCUCUUAACACCGAUCCUGAUUCGGCGACAUCCAGUGGUUGGAGGGAGAGAGCUUCGGAACCUUCGAAAGAUAGGACAGAAGAGAAGAAAGAAGAUUUGGUCAAGUUUGGGUCUGGCGGUGGACCAGGUUGGGGAACAGGUCAAAAGAGGUGGAGACUCGCAGCUGGUCUUGCGGCUCCAGGCCCUGUAGGAAAUGUUGGAAUGGAAGAAACGAACGAUAUUCUGGAUGUUCCAAGGACGAUCAAUGAUCAUCCAUCUGAUUCUGUGAUAGCUACUGCUUCUGCCACCCCUGUACCGGAAAGGGAUGCUACGGUGCUAGACGUAUCCACAGGAUCUACUCGUCCUUCGGUGCAGGGUUCACCGGAACAGACACCGAAAUUAUCUCAUACACCAUUAGCGAAAGAAGAUUUGGGAUUGGUACAAUGGUUUUAUCGUGAUCCACAUGGAGAUCAACAAGGACCCUUUACCGGAACUCAAAUGCACGAAUGGUAUUCUCAUUCUUACUUUCAAGACGAAUUACCUUUGCGCCGAGACUUUGAAAAUGAUUUUCAUACACUUGCAGAACUCAAAAUCGCCACUGGAAAUGCCGUUCAACCAUUUUUGGCUCCACUUCGACCACGAAACCUACCACCCAAUCUUCCUAUCCCUAAUCUCCCAUUUAAUCCUCCGAUGUUAAAUGGUCAUCAACCCUCUAUUCCAGACUCUUUCCGAUCUCUUUCCAUCUCAUCCCCGACACCUCAGAUGUUGCCUCAGCAUUAUCAAGGUAUACAUCAACCUUUCGUCUCUCCUAAUAUGAACGUAGGAGGAGGAUAUGGAUUUCAAUCUCCUAUUCCAUUCAGUCCUCAACAACUUCAACAAGUACAACAAGCUCCUUGGGGACCUAUCGGUGGUCAACCUUAUCCUAGAGUUCCACAAAAUGUAUACGGACAAGUAGGUUCUCCAUCUCCCAUCGGUUCUAUAGGACCUAUUGGAAGUAUGGGUCAAAUGGGUCCAGGAGUAUUAUAUCCAGGUCAAGGGGAACGUAAUGAGAUGUUUUCACCUUCCGUCGGUGUUGGGCAAGUACCAGAUUCCCCUUGGACCGUUCAACCUCAACCUUCACCAGGAUAUAUCAAUCAGACUUUAGUACCACCUCGUGAAUGGGACACUACACCAAUUCCUAAUUCUACAUAUCAUCGUCAAUCAGAACAAGAUGUACUCAAUCCGAUGAUGACACAAAUGGAUAGGAGGUACGUUGAGGAUCCCACCUCUGAAAAGGUUGAACAGUUAGCUUCUGAGGUGGAACGUCAAGUGGCAGAAACUAUAGAUUCUGUGGUUGAAGAAGCUUUGUAUACUCCGGAACCGACUCAACCAUCUCAAGCACCAGCAGCGACUUUACCAAUCUCUACUGAACCUUUGGAAUCUGUCACACCUAUUUCUACUCAGGUAUCAUCGACGAUCAUACCUAUUUCCAGCCAGAUCGACUCUAUGACGUCAUCUGUCCCUCUUGACACUGUCCCUGAAAGUUCUCCUGCUUUACCUACUUCUCCCAAUUCUCAAUCGACUCAACGUCUCAUCCCUGUCCCUCUUCCAUCUGCAUGGGGACCUAAACCUAUCGUCACACCCGUACCUAUACCUCCUGCUCCAAGUCGUAAAACUUCUCUUUCCGUCACUCCUACAUCACCUCCCGUCCCGACUCCAACAAGUGUGACAUCAAAGCUUCCUCCUGCUCAUGCAUCUCUUCCUCGUAAACCCGUAGACGCUCCUUUACCUCCUAAACCCGCACCAUGGGCACCGAAAGAUGAUCGUGAAUCCCGUCUCACUUCUUCUCCGUCUUUGAGGGAAAUACAAGAAUUGGAGAGUAAACAAGCGGAAUUGAGGAAAACUCGUCAAUCUAUCACUACUACCAACCCCUCCGUCACAUCUACAGGAACGAUGAGUGUUUCUUCCUCUUCAGAGGAAAUUCCAACUUCUAUAACUUGGGGAUUACCUUCUCAAACUAAACCAACUCCUUCUACUCCUAUUGCCACAACGACAGCCUCAACACCGGUUUGGGGUUCAGGUGAAGGUGGUCCUAAAAAGACAUUGAAGCAGAUACAAGAAGAAGAAGAAAAACGUAAACGUCAAUUACUUCAAACGAAAUCACAACAAUCUUCUACCGUUUUAGGAAAUACGACUAAAAGAGGUUAUGCGGAUUUAGCUGCUUCUGCUCUUCCUACUCCCACAAGUACAGGUUGGAAUACAGUUGGAGCUAAUGGUAAACCUGUUCCUGGAGCUGGAACAGGUGGUUCUUCAAUUAUAAUCAAACAUGGUUCAAAUUUACCUGCUAAACCUACCGUCACUCCUAUCUCAUCAAUAACCCCUCAUUCUACCCUUUCUCCAACAACAAAUAAAUCUAAUGGUACUUCUACCAACACUGGUACUCCCAUCAUAGGUAAUCCAACUCCAACUCCAACCACAACUUCGACUACAACUUCGACUGGAGUAGGAGGUAAAAUCAAACUUGACGAUGUUCCACCUUCAUUAGAAUUCUUAAGAUGGGUCAAACUUUCUCUCCAAGGUUUAAACAAAGGAACAAGUACAGAUGAUUUAGUUCAAAUGUUAUUAGCUUUCCCUGUAGAUCCGCCAGCUACAGACAGGGCGGGAGUAUUGGAAAUUAUCUCAGAAGCGGUUUAUAGUAGUUCGACAACUUUGAAUGGGACGAGGUUCGCACAGGAAUAUUUCACGAGGAGAAAAGCGGAUACUCAGAGGAUUUUAGGGAAUGGUAUUGGUUCUACCGUUCCGACUGGGGGUGGUUCAGGUUUGACGGGGAUAGGUUCGAGUGGUUCGGGUGGAUUGGGUGGUACUGCUGCUUCUAGUGGUAUGGGAGGUAUGGGUGGAUCAAGUGAAUCGGGAGUUGGAAAUGGGAUAGGUGGUUGGGGAAAAGGUAGUUUAGCAGAUGUUGUGAAAAGUGGGAAGAAAGAAAAAGAAGAUUUAGGUUUUAAAGUCGUUAAAGCUAAAGGGAAGAAGAAGUGAUCUUUUCUCUCUUCCUCUUUUUCCCCUUCUCUCUCUGUCUUCCCUGCUUUCACUCUUCUCUCUCUUUCUCCUUCUAUCACUCUUCUCCCUCCUUCUCCUUCUUUCACUCUUCUCCCUCCUUCUCCUUCUUUCACUCUUCUCUCUCUCUUUCCCCUUCUUUCACUCUUCACUCUUCUCUCUUCUGUCUUUCCCCUCUUUAUAUUAUCCUCUGUCGUUCCUCGUCUUAAGAGCACCUUGAAAGAAUAUCUUUAGUUAUGGAACGUAAGAAGACAGGAAGUGACACGGAGGAUAUAGAUCCAGUGAUGAGGGAGAUGGUCGUUAAGGGAGUGUUUGCAGUGUCCACGAAGGAGAAGAGGUUGGAGCAUGUUCGAUGUGGUUGAGAUCCGAAAUGACCAUUUGGGAAUGUGCAGGAUUACUUCCGGGGGACAAGGGGAUGCGUCAAUGACUUCGAGUGGGAUGGAUUGGGGAUGAUGGAAAUGAUCUAUCGACGAUUACUCUACUCUACAUAUCUACUUUGCGCGAUGAGUUGAGGAGGAAAAGAGUCAAGGGUGAAGGAGGGAAGUAGAGAAAGAGGAAAAGAAAACGGAGAGAACGAGGAAAAGAAAAGGGAGAUGAGAAAGAGAAAAGGAUGAAAGAAAGACAGGAAAGGAGUAGUAAAAGAAAGUAUCAAAGUGAAUAUCAAAACUACGUAUCGAUGCAUGUAUGCAUGGUGCAUUAUACUACAAU